ACCUUACUUUGAUACGCUAUCUUCUGUUCAAAAAGAUACAUCCAAGAUUUUAUUUCUCAACCUUUUCUUGUUUGAGGCUGCCAUUUCUGCUUCCACUCUAUUUCUGAUUCUCCUACUACCCCUUCUUGUUCAAUUUCUUUCGUUUGUGUUCAGGAGAGAGAGAGAGAGAGAGACACACACACACACACACACACACACACACACCCCCACACCACACAGAGUGAACGUGUGAAAUGCAUAGCUUCAAAGCAGCCUUACCGCAGGGAAUUGCUCUCACCAACUCUGAUGUGUAUUGCCAUUCCCACUCACCCUUUUACCUCAGAGGUGAAGAAGGUGGCAGAAAUGGGCCACGUUUUGGAGAUCUUGGGGAGCUUGAGCAGUCAGCUGGACAUGCAUUCCAUCAUGAUGAUGCUGUUAAUUUAAGCAGAAGCUCAAUAUACAAUGACAUGAAGGCAAGCAAUGUUUCUGUUGUGUCUAGUAACUUGCAGUUUGGUGGGCUCAACAAUAGUUUGGGUUCAGCUGAGAUGGUCUCAUCAGGAACAGGAGUGGAUUCAGGGCAUUUCAUGUUACCCAAGGGGACAAUGGUGAGUGUUGGAGGUGGUGGUGGCGGUGGCGGUGGGGCUUUGGGAAAUGGUCACUUUGAGAACUGGGGUGAUUCUGGGGUGGUAGCAGACCACAGCCAGCAGACUGACACUUCCACAGAUACCGAUGACAAAAACCAGUACCCCGGAGUUCAUGAUGAAAGAUUGAUAGUGGUGGACUCGAUGGACCAGUCUAAGGGCAAAAUUGGGGACCAAAAGGCUCUUCGAAGGCUAGCUCAGAACCGCGAAGCUGCAAAGAAAAGCCGAAUGAGGAAAAAGGCAUAUGUUCAACAACUUGAGAACAGUCGGCUAAGGCUUACACAACUCGAGCAGGAGCUGAAAAGAGCACGGCAUCAGGGCGUCUUUGUCUCAUCUGGAUUUUCAGCAGACCAGAGUCAUUCUGUGGGUGGAACUGGGGCUUUGGCAUUUGACAUAGAUUAUGCUCGAUGGCUGGAUGAACAUCAACGACUGAUCAAUGAUCUGAGAUUAGCUAUAAAUUCUCAUGUGGGUGACAGUGAACUCCGGCUUCUUGUGGAUGGAGUCAUGUCUCAUUAUGAUGAGAUAUUCCGUCUUAAGAGCGUUGGUGCAAAGUCAGAUGUAUUUCACAUGCUUUCUGGCAUGUGGAAGACUUCUGCUGAAAGGUGUUUCAUGUGGUUGGGAGGAUUUCGCUGCUCUGAGGUUCUCAAGAUUCUUGGAAAUCAAAUUGAACCUUUAACCGAACAACAGUUGGUGGGCAUUUGUAAUCUACAGCAAUCCUCCCAGCAGGCUGAGGAUGCCUUGUCCCAAGGCAUGGAAGCUUUACAACAAUCACUUGUAGAGACACUUUCCUCCAGUUCUCUUGGACCUCGUAAUUCUGGAAAUGUUGCCGACUACAUGGGGCAGAUGGCAAUUGCAAUGAGCAAGCUUGCCACACUUGAGAAUUUCGUCCAUCAGGCUGAUCUUCUGAGACAGCAGACCUUACGACAACUGCAACGAAUCUUGACAACCCGUCAAGCUGCCCGGGCUCUUCUUGCAAUUGGUGAUUACAAGUCAAGGCUCCGCGCCUUGAGUUCUUUAUGGCAAGCACGCCCAAAGGAAUGAUCUUACCGCAUUCAGUGGCCUAGAUUCUACUAGACGAAUCCUUGACUGCUUGGCAAUGUUGUAGAUUUCCGUUCAUCAAUGUAAGUACAGGUUUGCUUUGUGGAACGAGUAGACACCAGGUUAGUG